AUGUUCAAUUUAAUCAAAAGUGCACUAAACAAGUCUGAAGUCGACUCAGAACAGGAAAAGCGGAAAAUUACGUUGAAUGUAUAUGAUAUGUUACAGCCAGGAUUCUUGACAAAUUUGGGAUUUUUGCUAGGCAUUGGCAUUUAUCACUCGGGUAUUGAGAUUGGGGAACAUGAGUAUUGCUUCGGUGGUCAUGAUUAUGAGCAUGUUACAGGAGUGUUCAUGGUCAAGCCCAAAGUGGGGCCACAAGGCUUGUUAUUCAAACAAUCAAUCCAUAUGGGAUAUACUAACCUAACGCAAAGAGAAAUUGAGCAAGUAUUACAAGACAUCUCAAAAGAAUACAUGGGUACUUCUUAUAAAUUGCUGACAAGAAAUUGUAACCAUUUCUCAGAGGAUUUGUGUAAAAGAUUAACAGGAAAAGCAGCACCAGGCUGGAUUAAUCGUGCUGCUAAAUUAGGCACUAUGUUUCCUUGUGUUAUACCCACCGAAUGGAUUGAGCCCCCUGAAGCAGACAACUCUUUAAAUGCACCGCUCAAGACACCACCACCCAUGCGUACAAAAAAGGAAUCGUCUGAGAGUUUAGUUAAGACUACCUUGGAAAAUGAUGCAUUUGAUUAUUCUUUAAAAGAACCAGAUACCCAUAGACCAGAAGUCAUUCGAUCUGCUACUCAACUCUCUAUCACUGCUCCUAUUCAUAAUAAAUAAUUACUACCUUUUUUUAUGGUCUGUGCACCUGCAUUUUUUUAAUCUAUUAUAAUUCUAUAUUUUCUGAAGAAGGUAAGGAAACAGCUGAACGAUUACGACGUAAUGGGCUUGAUUCUUUAAGUAAGAAGGAUAUCCAAGCAUCUGUAAAUGACUCUUUAGGUGGGUGUUCCGUAGUGGGUGAUCCUGGUUGAAGAUGUGUACUAUUCUUUGGUCUAACAAGACCAAUUUGCUCUUUUUGUUCUUCGCUUAGUUGCAAUACAUUGGACAUAAUAGUAAGAAUAUCAUAUCGUUUGCGAUCACCGCGAGGCGCCAUUAGAAAACCAAUUAACAAGUUGCUAAUCAAUUGGCUAUGACAAGAUUAAAAGCUGUCAUUUGUUUACCUGUUCUUACCGAUCCACAUUGCUUUCGCUUGU